AUGGACGUGCAACCCUUGACGCCCUUUCCAUAUCAACCCCUCAGAUCCGAUGAGCUGAGACUGCUACUUGUCAAACCUGGCGACACUGAUUUAAUCCGUGUUGAGCUUAAAACCGUCAAAUCCCGCACAUCGCAACGGUUCUGGGCCUUGUCUUACGUCUGGGGCGCGAGAGAAAACCCCGCUACUAUCCUUCUCAACGACCAGCCAUUUAGCAUCACGAGGAAUUUAUACAAUGCUCUGUAUCAGUAUCGCCGUCAUGCAUUUCAUGGCUACAACAGUGACAAGGCAAUGAUCUGGGUAGAUGCCAUUUGUAUCAAUCAGAAUGAUCAGGUCGAAAAAUCAAUCCAAGUUCCCCGCAUGUCAGAGAUUUACGGUCACUGUGAGCGUGUGUUGGCUUGGCUGGGCCCGGUUGGCAGUGAUGAGGAACUUAAUGUUUCCAGACUGGCCGAGAGGUUGAAGCACUUCCACUCACCUGCAGAUUCUGGCAGUCAAGACCUGUCGGAAGAUGAGCGAAUCACAGCAUUCAUGCAGGCUGGACGUUCUGAUGAAAGCCCCGCAACUGAGGUUGAGUCUGUUCGGGACGCCUUAAGGUCUAUCGGCCAUCGCCCAUGGUUCCGACGGGUCUGGAUUCUUCAGGAAGCUGUCCUGGCAAAGAAACAGCCGAUCUUGCUUUGUGGGCCUCAUGAGCUGGGGUACGAGAUCUUUUUCAAGACUUGGGUAUUGAUGCUGGAUCCAUCUGAGGAUGGUCAGCUACUUUACUCAUUCAUGGCUAAGAAUCCAGUCAGGUUCAAAGCUAUCGAGCUGGUGUAUAAGAAUAUCCUACAGUCCAGAAGUGAAAUGGCCCCGGAACAAGCAAAAGGCUCUGUGAGUCAGGAAAAGCAGUGUGCUCUUGACAUAGUUAAGCUGUUGAAUGAAACAACAGAGCUGGAAGCUACGGUUGCUCAUGAUCGUUUGUAUGCUCUGAUUGGGCUCUUGGCUUGCGAUCCUCUACCCCCGGCUCUUCAGCCAGAUUACACCCAAUCUUUCGAGGAACUCUGCUACAAGUUCACAAUGUUUAUUCUUGAGCAGACCCAAGAUAUUCGUGUAUUGAAUUUAGGGACUGUCGGCAAUCUUCCAGCUGUGCCAUCAUGGACACCAGAUCUGCGAAAUAGCUGGACAGCAAGGUCCAAUUUGACACCCAGUCCUGGGAAGUGCUUCAAUGUUUCUGGGGAUGGCAGGACUCUGACCAUGCCGGCGAUUAUUCUUGGCCAAUGCGUGUCUGUUUACAAGCCCGUCACGCCUGAUACCGACACUGGUCUAGUAUCGUCAGGAGAGUUCCUGCGGUUUGACGAGGCUAUAGUCAAAGUUGCAGCAGCUAUCCGAAGAGUUACUCGCAUGGAGGUUAUGACCGAGUGGCUCAAGUUUCAUCUGUCUGACAUAUAUACCGAAGAGAGAUUAACUCAAAAUCCGAUCAUUGUGCAGAGAGUCAUGAUGGCUUAUGUGUGCAUGGUUCACAGCCAACCACUCUCCUCACUCGGCACAAGAUUCGGAACGGAAGAACAGUUGCAAGGUGCUUAUGGAAUGGUAACAGACCCCAUUUUUCAGCAGAGUAUGGUUGGGUGUAGUAAUUUUGUGCUACAAGAUGGAACAGCGGGGCAAUUGCUUCACAGUGGCGCGGUGGCAGCCGUUGGCGAUGCUGUCUGUGUAUUUCCUGGGCUUUCAACUCUUUUCCUUAUACGGAGAAGUGACGAUGGAACUUGUCGAAUCAUCGGCCAGGUGUCCAAAUGGGAGAGCAUUGGAGCAAGUUUGCCUGCUGAGCAGCUUGAAAGCUACCGUCGGUCUUUUGAAGCUGCGCAUUCAGGAAGAGAAAUUGAUAGUGUCGUUAGAAUAGUAAGUAUCGUGUGA